AUGGCACCUCCGAAGGCAACACAGCCCUACCUACGAAUGAAGGCACUUGGAAUUGAUCAGCUCGGUAACUUCGAUCCAUUUGGGGUUCUCGGGUUCUCUCGAGAUGAUCCAGCUCCCAAUCUGGCUUCGAUCAUCGCUCGAAACACUUCGAGCUCCAACGGUUGUGCGGUGAACGAAAACAUCUGUUACAUGGCAACCAUGACCUCAAUGAUGGGACUGAACCCAAAAAAACCUGUCGAAAGCACUAUUGGCUGUCUCAAACGUGCCCAAAUUGAGCAGGCAGUUGGAUAUCCAAGAUGCUUCAGCAUAGACAAAGAGAAAGCGAAGCGUGAAAAGAAGGACGACAAGGACAAGCCAAAAAGCGACGCUUGA